UCAGUGCGUGGCCGAGUGUGAGUCGCGAUCGAGUGUUGUUUGCUUCCGCGAAGUUGUACUUUUGAGGCCCCCUUCCCGACGCCUCUCAGCAGCUCCCGCCGCCUCCAGUAGGCAUCUGCGGCCUCCGGCCCCCGUGAGAUAGGCCGGUGCAGCCUUUCGUGUGUGAGUCGCGGGCAGCGUCGCCGACACUCUGAUGAAGAGACCCGCCAGCGAGGUGCUGUUCCAACCCCAGCCGCCCAUACAGGUCGACCCGAACGGCGGCCUCCUGCUCGAAUCGUUGCUCGCGCCCGCCCAGGCCAAAACCAUGGGCUCCGUGUCGCCCGCACCCCUCGGCUUCGACCUCUACAGACAGGUAAGGGAUCAGGGCGACCUGUCGGCAACUGAAACUAGGUUUCCAGCCAUGCGCGUUGCUGUAAAGAGAGGAUCAGACGAGCUGCUGUCUCAGAGCGGGGGCGUGAGCAAUGGUGCCGUCAUGAGCCCCCAGCCCAACCACGCCGACAACAACAACGACGCCAAAAAGGCUUGUGUCGAUCUUGAUUCGCAGGUGAAGUUGGACACCAAGAACCAGAAGCCCUCCAAGGUGAUUCACAUAAGAAACAUUCCCAAUGAGGUCACCGAGGCAGAGAUCAUCCACCUUGGCAUUCCGUUCGGCAGGGUUACCAAUGUGCUCGUGCUCAAGGGCAAAAACCAGGCGUUCCUCGAAAUGGCCGAUGAGGUGGCCGCCGCGCAGAUGGUCACCUACUUCACGACGUGCGUCGCCCAGCUGCGGGGCCGCGCCGUCUACGUCCAGUUCUCGACGCACAAAGAACUCAAAACCGACCAGACCCACUCGAACGCGAACGCGUCCGCGCAAGCAGCGUUACAAGCUGCCCAGGCCCUGGCUGCAGGUGCUACAAAUGAAACUCAGGGUGGACCCAACACUGUUCUCAGGGUCAUCAUCGAACACAUGGUGUACCCCGUCACCCUGGAGGUCCUUUACUCGAUUUUCUCUCGCUACGGAAAAGUCUUGAAAAUCGUCACUUUCACCAAAAACAACACGUUCCAAGCACUGAUCCAGUACCCAGACGUGGUGACUGCCCAAGCGGCCAAACUGUCGCUGGAUGGGCAGAACAUCUACAACGGGUGCUGCACGCUGCGCAUCGAGUACUCCAAGCUCAACAGCCUCAACGUCAAGUACAACAAUGACAAGAGCCGGGACUACACCAACCCCAACCUGCCCACGGGCGACCCCUCGCUCGACUCGGCGCUCGCCCUCACAGGGGCGACGGGGGUGCUGGCAACGCCAUUUGCUGCCAUGCACGGACUGAGCGCGCCCAUCACCUCGCCGUACGGCUCGUCGGUUGGAGAUGAGCUGAAGAGGCUAAAAUAUAUUUUGUGUUCGUCAGUGGCGGCCGCGAUGCCCCUGGCGGGCUUCUCGCUCGCCGGCAGCGGCGCCAACAACGCGCUCGGCGCUGGUGCCGGUCUCCGCCUGCCUGGCGUGCAGACCACCGGCUCCGUCUUGCUCAUCAGCAAUCUCAACGAGGAGAUGGUCACCCCUGACGCUCUCUUUACCCUGUUUGGCGUGUACGGCGACGUAAUUCGGGUCAAGAUCCUGUUCAACAAAAAGGACAGCGCUCUCGUUCAGAUGGCUGAAAACCACCAGGCGCACUUGGCCAUGACGCACAUGGACAAGUUGAAUGUGUUCGGCAAGCAAAUUCGGGUAAUGCCGUCGAAGCACCAGUCGGUGCAGCUGCCCAAGGAGGGCCAGCCCGACGCAGGCCUGACCAAGGACUACACCAACUCGUCGCUGCACCGCUUCAAGAAGCCUGGUUCCAAGAACUACCAGAACAUUUACCCGCCCUCUGCCACCCUCCACCUCUCCAACAUUCCGCAACAAAUGACUGAGGAGACGAUCAAGGACGCGUUCACUAACGCAGGAUUCACUGUGAAAGCAUUCAAGUUCUUCCCGAAAGACCGCAAAAUGGCGCUGAUCCAGAUGCAGUCCAUCGAGGACGCUGUCAUGGCCCUCAUUAAAAUGCACAACUACCAGCUGAGUGAGUCGAACCACCUGCGUGUUUCUUUCUCCAAGUCGACAAUUUAAGCAGCAGCACAAUCGUUUGGCAACUGACUGGACUUGUUAAUUAACCUGUGCGCCAAACAUCAAGAAGAGAAGCAAGAGAGAUGAAAAUCAGCAGCAGCAAACACACACUUACACCCGAGCGGACAUUAUUUCAGGAAAAAAGCAACACUGACUGUGCACCUUUCAUACUGAUAUACGAGAUAUUAUAUUUUUGCAUUUGUUCUCGGGCAGUGAACAAACUCUCAAAUAGUGGUGAUGCGAUCGGAAGAAGAAUAAGUUGAUGACGAGCGAGAAAGACGUUGCUUUAUCGUAAAUGCACACAGUUGACACGCGUACACAUAGACACUCGGCAGAGUGCAAUUAAGCAUACACGCAUACACACAAACACACUCAACACGCACCGCACCCGUCAGCAAACACAUUAGUACUUUAAUUAGUUCACUCGAUGUGCUCCUCGAUGUUCAUUCCAGAUUCGUUGUUAGGCACUGCACAAUUUUUUCGCUUCGACUAAACCACUCGGCAACUUAGAACAAAAUCUGCACAACCCACUCCACGUGCUGACCUUGACAAUCAGCCCGCAUAAAAGAGAGAAAUAUAAUGAACACUAAAGAUUGGUUUAGCCCCCCAAAAAUAUGAAAGAUUCGAUAGUGAGAGUAGGUUUCGCACAACAUAUCAAGAUGGGACCCUUGCCGUUUCGAGCCCCCGCGCACCCCACCUCCCCUCACCGCACCCGCAUUGAUUUCGAGGCCGGCCGAGGCCGAUUUUAACUACGAGCUUUGUCGCUCCGCCAAAUUCGCGCUGGCCGAUGCGGAGAUUGUCGUGCCAGCCGCCCUGAUCUCAAAAAAGUUGGAUUUGCGAAGUGAAAAGAAAGAAAGCCACUCGAGCGACUGACUGUGUGUUUUUUAACCUGACAUAUCGCGCCGCCCCCGCCCCCUCCCCCCACCUGCCCCACGAAACAUCCAUCGGCUGCACAAACUUGGCUAGAGGAAGAAGCACAGUAAAUAAAUUAGCUACGUGUAAAAAUUAGUUGAUGGCACAACACACACUCUGACACACGAAAACACGCACGCGCAGACGGAAAUCUCAAAACUCACACGACACACAUUCACUCACUCACUCACUCGAACACAAAGAGUGAAAAAUGCAUACCUUUGUGCUGCUCAAACGGGAAGAAGUAAUUACAAGAGAAACCAAAACCUGCAGUUCCUGCUAAUAUAAUAGUAAUCAGCCCCGCGUAUAUCACUGAUGGUUGUGCUAAGUAAGCGUUACAAUUGGUUCAAAGUGGAAAAGAGAAGCAAAAGAAAGUGUGUGAGCUUCAUAUCAUUUUUCUGGUCACUCGAUCGCCCGCGUCAAACCAGCAUCUUUAGGGACUUUUUUAUACAUAAAACAUUUAAUAUAAUGUAAAAAUCUCUUGUCUGCUUCGAUGUUGCAAACAAACAAACAAACAAACAAAAAGAAAGAAACAAAGAAAUCGGAACAGCUCGGAAGUGCAAAAAUUUAAAUUAAUGAACACAGCGUCUAUCGAGAGGAAGGGCGCCGCCACUUGAUAUGGUUUUUGUACCACGCGUGUGGUCGCUUGGUUUCCGCUCCCCUCGCACGGUGGUACAAGUGCCUUUUUGCUAUCCCCGCGCCGCCCCUCCGGCCGCCACCGCGCCGCCCCCGGCCGCGGGCCGGGGGCGGUCGGCGGGCCGGACGCGCGGCGACACACGCUGUCUGUCGGUGUUUUUCUUAUGAUCGCGCCGGCCCCGUCGGCCAGCAGUCGUCGGCGGGGCCGUGAUACACUCCUGUCAAUUAUGGAGGCCGCUGGCCACCGGUCUGUCUAAAAUCACUCAAUACAUGCCUUCGUCGAGUUUGCAAAGCAUCACAUUCACACACGACACGACACACACUCACACAACACACACGAAACACGAGACACACAUGGAAGCGGGACGGCAACCCUAGGGUGGAGAGGGUUGCCGGCCUCCUGAAGGCUCUCACUCUCUGUCCCGCCAGCCCCUUUUUCCCCCCGCCAACCCCUCGAUCACUGCCAAACCGUAAGAAGAAAAAAAGCAAACUCCCCCCAUUCUGCUCCGGUCAGCGGCACAACACCCGUGUGAUAAAAAAAAUGUUUUCAAUCGCGACGUAAUCAAUCAAUCGGUUACUUGUCUUAUUUUCGAUCGGCUCGGUUUUUUUUGAGAGUGAGGUGACGGCUUUUUGCAUUUCGUGCGCAAACACAUGAACACACGAACACACACACAUACACAAAACACAUUGUCAUAUCCUGAAUGCGGCCGCCCAGGCACCGGUCCCGCGCGUCGCGGGACCCGGGCCGCCGGCGGGCCCGUUUGUGAGCAAGCGAACCUUAAAACGCAAAUCAAGGGAACAAUACGAUUGAAGCUCUAUUAAACACAGCGGUAUUGAGACUAUCAGGUUUAUUGUAAUAUUUAAUUAUUAUGAAAAGUAAUAUGAUGAUGCUGAUGAUGAUGAUGAAGAAAAAAUAAUAUAUUUACGCAUAAUAUUAAUUAUUAUUAUUAUUAUAUCUACUGUAAGGAUAGUUAUAAUGAAUAUAUCUACACUCACACACCCACACACGACAAACGUACUAAUAUUACUACAAUUAUAGACACACAUACACACACACACACACUUAGACACACGUGAAAACGAGUGUUGAGUACGGCAGUUGGGAAGUGGUCAUGAGAGAAAUAGAAAAUCACGCAAGAGCAUAUUUAUACAUCGUAGGUUUUAGUCGUUGUAAAAUUUAAAUAAUAAUAACAGUUAAGUGCGGCAGACGAGACAAAGGAUCUAGAUAAGUGUCCAAGUUGCAUAUUAAUUAAUUGAAUUGAUUAAUUAAUUGAUUGUUGACUUGCGAGAAAAGUUUAGCGUGUUAGCGAUUCGAGAAAGAGAGCAAAGCGUCGUUGUUUUUUUGGCGGGCAGGAGGAACUCCAAGGUUACGCAGAGCUAGAGGGAAGAAUAGGAAAAACGGGGUGGAAGCAAGGAAACGUAGUUGUUAAUUAAUUCACUGAUCCGUAGGCGGUAGAAUCGACCAUUAGUCGUUACAUUUGCUGCAUCAAGUAUUUAAAAAGAGAGAAAAAUGCCAGUAUUUAUUGCGAGAGCGACUAGUUGAACUUUUUAUUGUGUAUUAUUAAUUUAAAUAAAGUAUAUGUACAUGUAUUAUUUUAUACACACACACUCGUUGCUUAGUUGAUUGCGAUGAUCCACUGACGACAUCUGUAUCGCGUCGGUUCGACAAGCACGCACACAAUCUGAUAUAUAUGUAUAUAUCUCGUCGUGUUCGAUUUUGAUCAUUAUUAAAUUUUCUGUUUCGUUUGUCGAAUCUAAUUAUCGAAGCGAUAGACAGACAGACACACCGUCUCUGUCGGCAUCUGUGCGCGAGCACACUUAUGAAACAACAGAGUCACGCAGGCGGGCGUCCCCUCGCACCACAAGUCCGUGACUCGACGACCAAGUAUAAGCGAGCGAGCAAGCAACAAUUUCUGAUCUGAGCGUGUCAAAAAUCGUCGUCGGCUUUUGCAAUAACCGAUUUUUAAGUAUAUAUGCAUAUUAAAUGAGUACGUAGAUAAAUAUAUAUGAUUGAAUUCGUUGUUAGGCGAUCGAAGACUUUGAUAUAUAACAAUGGUGCUGGAGGCGGCACGUGCCGCCGCCCCCACCCCCACCCGGCCUCCGGCUUUCGCAUCAAGUUCGAGUCAUUUUAGCUUUCCUUUUUUUUCUUGAAUAAUAAAAACCGGUCCAUUUUCGUUUUGUGCUUUCGAUUCGGACGGCCGAUGAAAAACAGUAUUCGUGUGUAUAGGUAUCGUCUCUCAGGCAUCGCGCCAAAAAGAAUUUAAAGCGUAAGAAGAGUCGCGCGGCCCCCCCAGUGAUUAUUUAAAACUGCUUAGUUGUUGAAUCGCGAGUUAUUUAUUCUGCUCUGAGUAUUAUAGUACGUAACACAUUCACACACGCAGACACACACACACACCCCUUAGGAGUUAAAUUCAUUGCAGGCCGCAGUCGCGUGCCGCGUUUGUGUUUACCGCGUAAGGCUUUUUAAAUAAAGAAAAUGUGAAAACUAAGAUGUGCGUAGGAGUAGGCCAAGUCAGUUUUAUCCAUCAGACUCGUUUCAUUUUAACUCUUUUUCUGAAACACACUCACACACACACGUUCACGUUCACACUCUUCGGUCGUCGGCGCACUCACGCGCGCACGUAAACUCUCAGUAUUAUGUAAUUCAACUCAUCGAUUCAUUCUGCAUGUUGGUCCGUGCGAGUGUUCAGUACAGUAGAGCAAGGAAAAGAGGGAAAGGGGUGCGUUUUCAUGCUUUCCGUUAUCCGCGUUUGAUGCUCACGACCAUUCUCCUCUUUUCGCCUCUCCAGCUGCAAACACAUUCACUUACACGCAUUAUUAUGAUACACUACACUCACACACACACACCACACACACACACACUCACAUUAUGCUGCAGAAUAUUGUUUUACUCUUGUUAAUCUUAAAGCAAUCUUCUGUAUUCUUAGCGACUUUUUUAAUUAUUAACUUGUACGGUUAUUAUUUUUGUGUCUCUCAUUUUUUGUAAGCGAAAAAAGAACCUGUGUGGACAUAUUUCUCCCAGAUAUUUUUCAUAAUAAAAAGCAUGGCUGAAACGCAUUCGGCGGCCAGGUUGGCCCCCCUUCAAUCACACACCCAGGGUAGGGGUAGCAGGCCGCGGCCGCAGCCGCAGCGAGCGCUGGCGACACCUCCACCGGCCACCCGAAUUUUCCGUUAUCUCUUGCUUUCGUUUGGUGGGUCCGACUCGAUCCUCAUCUUUCUCAUGUUUGUUUCCUCCCCCCUUCAUUGACAAGCACUUUGAUGUAGUUCUCUUUCCAUUCUUUUUUACUACUACUAUUACUACUAUUAAUUCGCCUACACACACUAUAGUAUGGUUAUUAUCAUUAGUUACUAUUAUUGAUUGAUUAUGUCAUUGUCACUGCAAUGCUAUUAUUGUGUAUGUGUAUUUACUCGACACCUCAUUAAAAGUAGCCCUCUCCAUUGUGGGACUCUGAAAUCUGUC